AUGGCGGGUAAUAUACCUGUGAAUUAUAAUCCUUCUGACCCUUCUGCUAAUGCAAUGCAAAUGGGAGGCAUGUUUAACAACAACAACAAUAAUAACCAGUUUUUUGUGAACUACCCACCAGCUCCUCCAACUGGUCCUGAAAUGGGUAGUUCAAGUGCAAGUGCUUCUGCUUCAACCUUUGCUGCCAUUAAGAGGAGACAACACUAUAGGCGAUUUUUGAGACGCUCCAUUGUGCGACCCCCAUUUUAUCAACCCAUUCCUCAACCAACACCAAUCCGGCCUCCUACCCCGCCACCAAUUCCCCGACAAAUCGAUCAAUCAACUGUGAGGUUUCUCUUUGAGAAGACAUUACGAAAAAGUGACGUGAGCACAGUUGGACGCAUUGUGAUUCCUAAGAUUGAAACUGAACUCUAUUUGCCUCGACUGGAUUCAAGGGAGGGGAUUAUCAUGAAUUUUACUGAUAUGGACUAUCAGCAAGUUUGGAGCUUCAGAUUCAGGUUUUGGAUCAAUAAUAGUAGCAGGAUGUACUUAUUUGAAAACACGAAGGAUUUCAUCGGAGACAAACACCUUGUUGUCGGAGACUCCAUUAUGAUUUUCAAAGAUGAUCAGACCGGAAACCAUUUCAUCCGUGGUAUUAAGACUUUCAUCCAACAAGAUCUGUCUUAUACAGCAAACAACACUGUGAAUCAAUAUUUACCAGCUAUGGAUGAAUAUGUUUCUCCGCUUUAUUAUGAAAAUACCAUCAUAAACAAUGAAAACACCUUCCCCAAUAACUACGCCGAACCUUUCUACGCUGGAGUGCAGCCAGAAAUGCCAGACAAUCCAGAGCUUGAAACACCCUUUAAUUGGCUUGACUUCAUUGAUUUCUCUGAAUUUUGA